AUGGAAUCUCAAACUAAGCUGACCUUCCAGGAAACAGAUGGAGCUGGCAACCCCACUGCAACCUUCGUCUACUCGGAGCAGGGGGGCUCUUCAAAGCGAGUAGGACGGGUGGAUGCGAUUAGCUCCUCGCCACCAACUUCAUGGUCAGCCAAGCCUCUGAUCACCUCUUUGAGUGAUGUUUUUCUUCCUUCGGGAUACCCCCAUAGUGUCAGCGAUGACUAUCUCCCCUCAAUAGCAGGCCUUCUUUCCUCCCGCGCCGUCCUCCAAGGUACAGCCCCAAGACCCUCAGCCAGUCUAGCUCAACUAACAGCCCCAGGCGUUGGAGUUGGCAAUCCCAAUGCAUCGCCAACAUCUGCCCUUCUCCUUCACAUCUUGCAAGAUACUUCCGGGCGAAUCGCCACAAUUCUAUUCGCGCACCGCGUCGGUACAGCCCUCGAGCCAGAAUGCAAAACCUACCGACUAGCCGCGGACGUCUUCAACGACAUCGCCAUGAUCCUUGACUGUCUCUCACCAGGUGUUCCGGCCGGCGCAAUGCGUGUCACCGUGCUCAGUACGGCAGGCGUACUACGCGCCCUCUGCGGCGUGGCGGGCGGGAGCUCCAAAGCGAGUCUUAGUGCACACUUCGCCAAGUGGGGGAAUCUGGCAGAACUCAAUGCCAAAGAUUCGUCUCAAGAGACUGUUAUUUCGCUCUUCGGAAUGCUGGUUGGUUCCGUAGUCGUUUCCCAGAUAACAGGGUUCACGACGACGUGGCUAGUUCUUCUCGUUCUGCUGGGUCUACAUCUAGGCAUGAACUAUGCGGCCGUGCGGGCAGUGCAGAUGACGAGUCUGAAUCGUCAACGGGCAAAUAUCGCUUUCUCGGCACUGCUAGAUUCCGAUAAGGGUGUUGAAUCGACCCAAUGGGCUGUCCUGACGCCUGCGCAGGUCGCCAGCCAAGAGAGCAUCUUUCAUCGAGACGGCGCUUUGCAGUGGAUGGCUGGGUCUACGUCUGUGUACUUGGGAUCGGCUCGGGUGGGUGUUCCAAUGGCGGCCUUUGUGGCGGAGAAGCCUCCACUAGGGCGACUGGCGGGGCUUUUCAGCGGUGAGGCUUAUUUACUCUAUUUGUCGGAGAAGAGACAUGUUUCCGUUGUGCUUAAGAAGGGCUGCUCGGUUCAGGACCAAUUGAAGGCUUGGGCACAUGGUUUGCUAGCUGUGAAGUCGUGGGAUGGGUCAUCCGAUGUUAUUGAUGUUAUUGAGGAGUCUCUCGCUUUCCUCAACGAGGGAGAUCGAUUUGGGGCAUAUUUAGUGAAAUUGCGAGCCGUGGGCUGGAAUGUUGAGAUUGCGGCGCUGGAGACGAGGAGUGGGAGGAGGAUUGAUAUUUGA